UGUCAGAACACCUGAGUUGCAGGCUCGCGUACUCGUCCAACCUCAACGAAAAAAAAAAAAAAUGGCAUAAUCUCCAAUCGGAGGUGCCACAGCGUCGUACAUCCCCCGGUGAUCAGAUGGCUCCGCGUCCCGAAACGUUCAGUGACCGUGCGACCAGUGCGUGAGUGUUUGUGUGCGAACAGUGACGUACACGUCAAAGAAGACGAAACAAAAAAUAAAAAACAACCAGCGACAAAAAGUCAAUGUUUCCCGUAAAAAGCCAAAAGUAUGCGUGACGACCCGUUCCCGAACAGAUCGGAACAAUGUACGAGGUCGGUUAGCCGGCCCAAUUGAGACGAACCGACCGAACCGCAUCUCGCAUAACAUGUACGGACCUGGGAAGAAUGAGUCCGGUACGACGAUCGCGUGCAUCUACGAUACGCCGUGCGAUCCGGCCGACAGCGACUACGAGAAGCUGUUCUGUCCGAACAACGAGCUCAGCGAGCCGCCGAAAACCAGGAGCGACAGACUGAAAACGGGAUCCAGCUGCCAGGCGCUCAAGCACGCCUGCAAAACGCUGCACAGGCUCGACGAUUUCCACAAGGAGAAAAUCGGAUCCGGUUUCUUCUCGGAGGUGUUCAAGGUGACCCACAGGGUGACGGGCCAAGUGAUGGUCCUCAAGAUGAACCUGCUUCGCUCGAACCGACGCAACAUGCUCAAAGAAGUGCAGCUGAUGAACCGUCUGUCCCAUCCGAACAUCUUAAGCCUAAUGGGCGUGUGCGUCCACGAGGGCCAGCUUCACGCCCUCACCGAGUACAUAGACGGUGGUUCGCUCGAUCAACUGGUCCAGAACGGCGCCGUCGAUCUGCCUCAGCAGCAGCGCGUCUCGAUAGCACGGGACAUCGCCGUCGGCAUGGCCUAUCUCCAUUCCAAAGGCGUGUUCCACCGCGAUCUCACCAGCAAGAACGUCCUGAUACGCAAAGCGAGACAACUGGAGUGCGGCACCAACGUACGACUCACCGCCGUCGUCGGCGACUUCGGCCUCAGCACCGCCAUCCCCGAUCCGACGACCAAGCCGAAACUGUGCACGGUCGGCAGUCCCUACUGGAUGAGUCCCGAAUGUCUCAAGGGCCACUACUACGACGAGAGCAGCGACGUCUUCAGCUACGGCAUCGUCUUGUGCGAGCUGAUAGCCAGGAUCGAGGCCGAUCCCGAUCGUCUGCCGCGUACCGACAAUUUCGGCGUCGACUAUCCCGUCUUUACCGAACUGUGCGGACAAAAUGUUGUACCUGAUUUCCUCGGUCUGGCCUUCCGGUGUUGCGCAAUAGAGCCGAGCAGCCGUCCAACUUUCCCUGACAUCGUGGUCCAGCUGGACGACAUUGUGGAGGACGUGAAACAGACCGGCGACCAUCGAGAGCCAGCACGACUGAACGCGACGCCCGGAGGCGGCGUCACCGCCCGCAGCGAGGAGCAACUGGCCGUCGUUGCGUCGGCUCACGCCUCCGCCCCGCAACACAGGAAAAUGUUCCACAGGCGGUCGCUGUCGGAGGACGUGUCAACGUUGGCGCUGUCCGUGCACGCGACGCCCAGCGAGAAGGCGCGUCGCCACGCGCUGAUCAUGUGCCGCCAGGACCCGCACUACCGGCCGCCCCGCACCACCAACCCGUUCGCCGCCCUCGCCCAGUUCCGCGGCGUCAAAAAGUUCCUCGGCAACUUCAGUUCCUGUUGCGAGCUACCGUCGUCCGCCGACGGCGCUUCGGACUCGCCGAAAUCGUUGCCCGGCUCGCCGACGGCGACGCGUCGCUCGGCCGCUUUGCGCAGCCCGUUGCUGGCCAGUGCGCUGUACAAGGCGGGCUCGAGCACCAACCUGAGCGACGUGGGCAUAGGCGAGGCGGCGGCGCUGGGCGGCGCGCUUCGUCGCCGCGGCUCUUGCGAAUCGGGGUUUUACUCGAGCGUGGGCGAGUGCCUGUCGCCGAACAGCCUGUGGGGCGACUCCGGCACGGCCGUUAGCUCGCUGCGUUCGCUCGACGAGCUCGAUCCGGAGCUGCAGGCGCUCUGCAAACGCGCCUCAUCCAUCUACACCGACUCCAGCGAGGACAUAUCCAGCCUGACCGGCUCGGACUGGACGCAGGACCUGCAACCGAACAUAUCCGCGAUCGUGGACUACUUCGAGCGGAAGGGCGCUACGCUACGGCAUCCGGGCGGCGUGAGGGGCGGACAGCAUCUUAGUUCGCGCAUAGCCGCCUUGCGGCGGUCGCUCGAAAAGCAAAAUUACGGGGGCGCGACGUCGGGAGCGAGUGCGCACGCGCAGCUACAGAAGCCCAAGUGCUCGAGACUUGUGGUGUGCGAGGGCGCGGUCCGGUCUAAGCUGCCGCUCUUCGACAAGAAGUAAACUCGGGUUGUGGUCAGUCAGAGUCAGUCUUCCCUUGUAAACCGAGAUCGCGGGACGGCGGUCCGUUUUUUUUCUCGCAUUUCGGAUAUACGACCAGGUAAAAUCACGUUUUCGGAUGUGUUGUGCUUCAGUUUUUUGGCUGGCCUUUGUUUACAAAGAGUUUGUGUUUGUUUUUCAGACAUCGACUGCCGGUCCCUUAACUUGUAUUUUUCCUUCUAGUCAGAUCGUACACGUAACUAAAAAAAAUUAAUACAUUAUUGGUGGCCUCAAUGAUGCUGUAUUUUUCAAAUGAAAAUCUAUAUUUUAUACUCAUAAUUGUAUAUAUUUUUGGGGCACGUCAAAAAGGUUGACGUUGUCCGAAUUCUUAUACCUUGUUUGUGUACGAUUUUAUCAUGCUGUUCAUCAUUUUAUUAAUAAUUUAAUUAUUAAAUUACAUGUAAACGUUAAACAGUAAAAAUUGUAUACAUCCAAGGUGUACACUUGCGACCCUUCAUACUUUUCUCAGAAAUUAAUUCAGCACGUUUAUUUUAGGCAGCUAAUUUUUAUAACUGUUUUAUUUUAAUCAAAUUGCGCUUUGAAUGCCGGUUUUAUCUGGAAGGAAUCGUGUCCAUUCGAAAUAUAAAAGUGCAAUUAAUCUAGGAUUUUUAUAUACGUAGUUAUUUGCAAUGUCGAACCGCACGUUUUCGUUAGUGUUUGUUACGUAGUUUUUUUACGUGACGGUGAGACGUUUGAAACGAUAUUUUUGAAUGGAAUUGAUUUUUUCCGACCGGUUAUGGCAAUGUUUAUUCAUUUAAUCUGUAUGUUUUAUAUUAAAACAACUGUAAGUUUAGUUUAUAUAAGACGUUCUUAGAAUAUACAGUACAUAGGUAAGUGUGAGGGCAACUGCUGAAUUAAUUUCUUUGUAAAAUACGAUUGUUGUUUAAAUCAAUUGGAAUUUUAUAGUAUGUAAUUGUGAUUGAGAUUAUAACAGAGAUUUGUCUUGAAUUUGUUUGAUGAAUGACCGUCCAAACUAUGAUUGAUUGAUGAUUUUAUUUAUGAAUGAUUUUUCUGUUUCAAUUGUUAAAUGAGUAUUAAUAACGCAGUUUUGUAACGGUCUGUUUAUAUAUCUUCCAUAAUUGUCUUGUCAAUAAUAUGUAUACCUAAAAGUUGUUUAGUAAUAAAUAAAUUUUUCAUAUAAGUG